GGUGGUCUUGCUGCUGCGGCCUAGUCCGGCCCAACAUGCCCAGUGCCGAGGACUGGCUCAACCACCCGCUGGCCAUCGCGCACGGCCUCUUCGCCCAAAAUGGCCCGAAUUCUAACUGGGAGAAGAAAGUGACGGAAUAUUUUCGAGAAAAAUUAAAAGAAAACAAUGCUACCAGAUGGGUCCCGUCGCUGAAUGAUGUCCCCCUUCAUUAUCUGAAGCCCAACAGUUUAGUGAAAUUCCGUUGUAUGGUCCAGGAUAUGUUCGACCCUGAAUUUUACAUGGGAGUCUAUGAGACAGUUGACCAAAUUACAAAAGCGAGGGUUCUGCAUUUUGGAAAAUACAGAGAUGUAGCAGAAUGUGGGCCUCAACAAGAAAUUGACUUCAACUCUGCCAAAACGGCCACUUCAGAAAGACAGACCUUUUAUUGUGUUCCAGUGCCUGGAGAAUCCUCAUGGGUAAAAGAAGCAUACGUUAGCGCCAACCAGGCACGCGUUAGUCCCUCUACUUCCUACACUCCGAGUCGCCAUAAGAGGAGUUAUGAAGAUGAUGAAGAUAUGGAGCUACAUCCAUCUAAACAAAAAGAUCAACAUACAGGGAAUGGUGGCGAUCUUCAUGGGUGUGGAGAGCCAAAACGUUUAGAAACUGAAGCUUCGGCUGGGCAACAGUUGUGUUCCCCAAACUGCUCCCCUUCCCUCGAUCUCAACUUUCCUCUGCCGGGAGAGAAAGGUCCCGCGUGUCUCGUUAAGGUUUAUGAAAGUUGGGAUAGUUUCAAAGUCAAUGAUGUUUUGGAGAUAUACGGCAUUUUGUCUGUGGAUCCUGUGUUAAGCGUAUUGAACAAUGAAGAGCGCGACGCCUCAUCAUUUCUGGAUCCUAUGGAAUGUAUGGACACUGCAGAGGAACAAAGGGUACAUAGCCCUCCUGCCUCGCUAGUUCCACGAAUUCAUGUGAUUUCAGCUCAGAAAUUGCAGCACAUCAAUCCAUUAUUACCAUCCUGCCUUAAAGAAGAGGAGAGCAAAAGCUUUGUUUCAGGUUUUAUGUCAGAACUGUCACCGGUUCGAGCGGAACUACUUGGCUUUCUCACUCAGGCUCUUUUGGGAGAUAGCUUAGCCGCUGAGUAUCUUAUACUGCAUCUUAUCUCCACUGUUUACGCAAGAAGAGAUGUCCUCGCCUUAGGAAAAUUCACACUUAACCUCAGCGGCUGCCCAAGAAACAGUAUCUUCACAGAGCAUUUAUAUCGUAUUAUUCAGCAACUCGUUCCAGCAUCCUUUAAUCUCCAGAUGACCAUUGGGAAUAUGAACCACUUGAAAUUCAUUCCUCACAAAGACUACACAGCCAAUCGCCUAGUCAGCGGGGUCCUGCAGCUCCCGGACAACACUUCCCUCGUGGUAGAUGAGACUCUUCUGGAGCAAGGACAGCUAGACACUGCAGGAGUUCACAAUGUGACAGCGCUGGGCAACCUAAUAACUUGGCAGAAGGUGGAUUAUGACUUCAGUUACCACCAGAUGGAAUUCCCUUGCAAUAUUAACGUACUUAUUAUUUCAGAGGGCAGAUCGCUGCUACCGUCAGACUGCCAAGUUCACUUACAGCCACAGAUCAUUCCUCCGAACAUGGAAGAAUACAUGAAAAGUCUUCUCACUGCUGUGUUCCCCUCCCUCCUGAAUAAAUUCCGCAUUUACCUGACCCUUGUGAGGUUGCUGGACUACAGCAUCUCCGAUGAAAUAACCAAGGCUGUUGAAGAUGACUUCGUUGAAAUGCGCAAGAGUGAUCCUCAGAGCAUCACGGCGGAGGACCUCCAUCAACUGCUUAUUGUAGCAAGGUUUCUGUCCUUAAGCGCUGGCCAGACGACAUUAUCGCGGGAGAGGUGGCUCCGCGCCAAGCAGCUGGAAUCUUUACGCAAAACCAGACUUCAGCAGCAGAAGUGUGUCAAUGGAAAUGAACUUUAAAAACGUCCCUCCUGCUACUUCAGGUGCAAAAAAAAUAAAAUUAAAAAAAAAUUUAGAAAACGUGUUAUAUGCAGCGAGCUGCAAGGUUCUUGUAAAAUUGAAAUAGCAUUUAUACCAUACCGUUUUGUAGAUAAUUUGUAUCGAGAUAAGUGGGACUUAUCCUUGUAAUUCAAAUCAAGCCCGGAAACCGUUUAUAUGGUAUUCAGUAAGCUCCUUUCGACUUACUGAAGCUUUUAAAGCUUGUUUUGUAAUUGCCGGAACCGAUAACAAUGUGCAAACUAUUUGAUAUUAAAGGUUUAACAUACGUA